CGCCAAACAUUCCCCUAAAUCCUUCAUAAUUCAGAUAGGUAAAGUUUGGCGGCGAAACUAUAUUUUAGAGCACCUCCAUCAAUAGGAUGGAAGUGGGUAUCUAUCAGAUAAUACAUUAUAAAAAAGAAAAGUGGAAAGUAAGAGAGUAAUGCCGUAUGAGUGCAGAGAACUGAUUUGAAUCUUUUUACAUUCUUAUUUUAAGUGGCAGGUUCUCAUUUGUUUAAUUUAUUAUAAUUUUUUUAAUAAUUAUUUACUAAAAGUGUAUUAGAUAACGAUAUAAACACAAGAUAAGAACUCUUAUGGGUUUCUUAAUUAACCAAUAAGCCUGCUCUUAUUUGCUCUAAUAUUGCAAAUGCAUAUGGAAGUAUAAAACUAGGAAUGUCUAAACCGCCAAACAUUCCCCUAAAUCCUUCAUAAUUAAAUGCAUAUGGAAGUAUAGAUAGUAACUUGCUGGCAGCAUUUAUCGCAGCUAUCCAUAGUACCACAUCAACUUCAAUCACCAUAUACACCACACCCUGAAUCUUCUGAUUAUACGGUUGUUAAAAAAGAUAGUCCCAGUUAUUUAUUUAUUUUGUCUGUAUAAGGAAAUUAAUCAAUCAUUAUAAAAUAGUGUUAGGAGAACUACAAAAUGAUUUAAAACAAACAUUUUAACAAGGAUAUUAAGGUAAAUUACAAGGCCGUUGCAUGGAGUUCACGGGAGAGUCAUAUAGAAGCCACCUAACAAAUAUCGUGAAAGCCAAAAGAUAAAACAAAAAAUUAGUUAAUCCAAAAUCAAAUAAACAAUGUAGCCACAUGAAGGAAAUACCGUGCUACAAAUAUAUACUCUUACAGUCAUACGAUGCAAAAAGAAUAUUAAUGACUUUCAGUGGCUCCAAUAAAAGGAGACUAAACAUACAAUGAGAAUUAUUCAAAAAAAAAAAACAGAAAACGAGUAUGCAAAUCCUAUCAAUUCGUGGAUUAACAAAGAAUGGUGAUUAAUUUUUUUUACUUUUGCGUACACUACAACUCAUACACCGAACAAGAGUUGUAGUAGUGUACAUAAAAGUAUAAAAUUAAACAAGAUUUAUAAGCGCCCUGUGUAGUUUUUCACUAUUUCUUGAUGAUAUCUUAAAAGGUUUAACGAAUGUAAUAUGCGCAUUAAUUAAUUUACCGUACUCGUAGCUAAGUACAAAAACAAAAUAUAAAGAGCACCAACAGAGUAGGCAUGCAACAUGUUUGGUCCACCUUAGAAGUCUUUUGAUUUUAUAUAUGCAACGUUAGCUUAAGGCUUAGUUUUAAUAAAUGUUUUUGUCUGAUUUAUUCUUCAGGAUUCUUUCCUUCAUUUUAUAAAUUUAUUUUGCUUUUUGUACUUGUUCGUCUCAUGCAACAAUGAACAAUGGCGUCUUCGAUAUAUUUUAAUGAGAAAGAAGGUCACUCAGAGAGAUCUAUUUGGACGUAUGUAUUUCCUGACAAGUUGCUCAAAAAGAAAAAUGUAUUUGCCAAGUAAAACUGAAACUAACCGUAAUCCCAAUAAAGAAGCCAACGUGUCACUCCCUGACCAAAGUGACCGUCUUCGCAUAUUUAAUAAACGUAACGAAAACGAUUUUGAUUUUCGUGCAUCUUCGUGUACCGUGACAGUAUUGCAAUUGGCAUGUUGGUUAUAGCUAGUAUUUUAGUAGGAAUCAUGUGCCCACGCAAGAUCGUAUUUGAGCAACAGCAGCAAAUAUAAUACCUAAGAAAAUCCUCUAACCAUUGUAAUUUACGUUUACUUAUAGAAAAUAAUACAUUGAAAUUUAUCAAAAUGUUUAUUUACCAACCAUCAAGAUCAACGUUUCAUGUGAUGAUAUUCUUGUCACAGCAAUCUCAUUUUUUUGUUGUUUAUUUAGAUUUGAAGAAUUCGAAAUAUUAGGUAGCCACCAGCGUUAUGGCUGUCAAGAAGAUGAUGUCGAAUCACAUAUAUGUGUGUGUUCAUCACAUGAUACUUUACUAUUUGCAGAAUAAGUAGUAAAUUAGUAUUUAAUUAUAGUAGUUCUGAACAACCAUAAUUAAAAAAAUACACAGUUGCUUAUUCAUUUUUGAGGGUUCUAUUAGGACAAAACAACAACUUCCUUUUUUCCAGCUUACAACAGUUGAAGUGAGCAUUCUUUUGUAUUUAUUCAUUAAUUUUAGUUUUAUCUGAAAGACAAGAAAUUUCAUAAAACUAUGAGCGCACAAGGCUUUUUCUGAAUCCGAAGGUGGUUUACGCUUAUCCGUACGGUACAUGACUGCAUAAUUUUGUAGAAUUAAUACAAUAAUAGCUUGUGGCAUAUUCAGGUUGGGCAUAUUACGAUCCUUUUGGCUAGAGCCAGUCCUUGAUCGAAGUAAAACGAGGCAAAAAAUGUGUAGCUAAUAUCAAUAGAACCUAGUUAAUGUAAUAGAGGUUAUUCAAUCUUAUAUGGAAAUUCAUAAAUGCUUAUAUAACGACAUAAAACAGUUUUCACGCCUAUUGUAACCUAAGACCCGGUCUGGAGCAUACAAAGGAACCGGUCGUUUAAACCAUCACAUUUUAUACAAUAAUUUUAGCUGUAUAUAGAACAUUUAUUUGAGCGUAAGACAUUUAUGAAUCUUUUAGUGUAUAUAUGAGGACGUAAAGAGAAAAGCUUCGGUUACUUUCUGUUUUCUGUUUCUGCUCCUUCCGUUAAUAGCAGCCUUUUUCUUGAAUAGUAAAUGUCUAAAUGAAAUUUAAUCUAGAAUGGAUUCAACAUUAUAUAAAUAAAUAAAUGUAAGAGAAAUGAUGAAAUAAGUACUAAUAAUUGAAGGAGUUGUGAAUACAAAAACAAUGCCCGUGAAGUGGUGCAUGUGAGUGCUAAAAGAGACGUUAUAUUCAGUGCCCCCUUGAUAACAUAUAGACCACUCACGAUUCUCUUUUUUUUAAUCUUCAUAUAUAUAUAUAUAUAUUUUAAAUUGUUAAUAGUACUAAUAAAAUUUCUUAACAAACUUUUGUUUCUACUCCAUAUUCUUUCUUAAAAAUCUAUUUUAAAGAUUUUGAUUAUCCACUUGGAAUUCUUAUAUUAAUCAUCGCGUUUAUUUUUUAUUAGUAAUUUUUUUAUUAAUUUCAGAUAAUGACAAACGCGAUGAUUAAUAUAAAAAUUCUAGGCGUUUAUUUUUUGUAACUUGGAAUUCUUAUAUUAAUCAUCGCGUUUAUUUUUUUAUUAGUAACUUGGCAACUUCUAGGCUCUUGGCCAUACAUACUAUCUACUCUCUAGCAUGGUGUUCUUGAUAAUGACUGUAAAAAUCACAUUCCUAUGUAUUUAGAAAAACAUAUAUUUUUUUCUACAUGGCCUAUUGAACUUGUACACGGGUAAAUUGUGAAACAUAUACGACACUCUUGUCGUGCCAAUACGACAGAUCCAACACAUGCUUCAAUGCUUGUUUCGAUCUAAUUGUAUAUAUCCAAAUAAACAUAAAGCAAGAUCCUAAAACUGAAUAUGCACUUCAUUUCAAGUAUCCCCACUUCAUUUUUUUAUUAACAAGUAUCCCCACUUCAUGGGGCGCAUAUACGUGUGUUUGUAUAUAUGUGAUCAUAUGAAGUAUUGGCUAUCCAUGUUCCCAACCAAAUUAGUCGAGCUUUUGACCAACAAAUACUCUCCAGGUGGCAUUCACAAAGCCCCUGACCAGUAUUUAGUUAUUUACUCAAAAUGCAAUUCAGGUUUUGGCCGUUUGGAACUUUUACCCGCGAAGAAAAAGAAUCUCCGUUUCAAUUAUAACUCACGAGUAGUAACUUUACAUCACUGUCAAUAUCACAAAAAUCCAACUAAAAGCGUACAUUAUGGUCUUACUAUCGUAUAUAGUAACUUACACAUAGCAAGCUUAGACUUAUUCGUUUAUUUAGAAAUUUUAAAAAAUAAGUUUGUCAAUCACAAUAUGGAAAAUAAUGGACUAUUGAUUCCAUUUUCAUUUAAAAUCUGAAAAUAAAAAUCAAUUUUAAAAACCCGUGAGCCUCUCAAGUCUCAACAUUAUUCUUGGACUGCUUCCUUAUUUAAAUCCCCUCAACAACGUUCUCUUUCUUCAACUUAAACCAACAACUUAAAAGAAACCAAGUCUCUCACUCUCAACCACCACAAAACACUCUUCGUUGAGACAGAGAAACAAACAAACAAAAAUGAUAAUGAGAAAAAGUCUAAGGCUGAGAAGCAUCACGUUGAUGAUGCUAAUGGCGGUUUUGGUAUGGUCUGUAACUCUAGAGACCUGCAUUGCUAGAAGAGGUAGACACUGGAGACAUAACAACCGAAGAUCCUCUGAUAUGUCUGAUUCCUUGUCAAGCAAGAAACCGAAAAGCCAUGGGAACAGUCACCACAGCUCUCACAAUAACAACAACAGUCAUCACCACAAAUCCAAACCUAAACCGAAGCCAAAGCUGCAAACACCGCCCAAAGUUGACGACAAUUAUAACUCUCCGGUAGUUUCACAACUACCAAAAGUCCAACCACCGUCUCUUCCGUCGCUAAAUGAAUCUCAGGUCUUCAAUGUGAUGGAUUUUGGUGCAAAGGGUGAUGGUAUACGUGAUGACACUAAGGCGUUUGAAGCGGCUUGGGAAGCUGCUUGCAAAGUGGAAGCAUCAAUGAUGAUCAUACCGCCAGAAUACACUUUCCUUGUUGGUCCAAUCUCAUUCUCUGGUCCUUAUUGUCAACCAAACAUUGUGUUCCAACUUGAUGGUACUAUUAUAGCUCCAACGGAUUCAAAGUCAUGGGGAAAAGGGUUGAUGUGGUGGAUUGAUUUCACAAAGCUGGUAGGAAUUAAAGUACAAGGGAAAGGUGUGAUUGAUGGAAGAGGCUCUGGUUGGUGGCAACAAGAUUACCCUUUCAUUGAUGGUGAAACCAAACUCAUCGUUCCCUUGAACAACUCUGUUAACCAAAACCCUCCAAUAAGUGAGUUUGAUUUGAAAAUGCCAAGCAUUAAACCAACGGCACUAAGAUUCUAUGGGAGUAUUGGUGUGGAAGUGUCUGGUAUAACGAUCCAAAACAGUCCUCAAUGUCACCUCAAGUUCGAUAACUGCGGUGACGUUGUGGUACAUGACAUGACCGUCUCUUCACCUGGUGAUAGUCCAAACACUGAUGGGAUUCACCUCCAGAACACCAGAGAUGUCCUCAUUCACAGCACAACACUCUCUUGUGGAGAUGAUUGCAUCUCUAUCCAAACUGGUUGCUCGAAUGUAUACAUACACACCGUGACCUGUGGACCGGGUCACGGUAUCAGCAUAGGUAGUCUCGGCAAAGACAGCACAAAAGCCUGCGUCUCAAACAUAACAGUACGAGACGUGGCCAUGCACAACACGAUGACAGGGGUCAGGAUCAAGACAUGGCAAGGAGGAGUAGGAUCAGUGAAAGGGAUACUUUUCUCAAACAUUCAACUCAACGAAGUCCAGCUUCCGAUAGUGAUAGACCAAUUCUACUGCGACCAUACCACAUGCAAGAACCAGACGUCAGCAGUUGCAGUUGAAGGAGUGACUUACGAGCGGAUCAAAGGCACUUAUACCGUGAAACCGGUUCAUUUCGCUUGCAGCGAUGACUUCCCAUGCGUAGAUGUGCAGUUAUCCGCAAUUGAGCUUAAACCGGUUCAAGAACGGUAUCAUAUGUAUGAUCCUUUUUGCUGGCAGACGUUUGGUGAGCUCAACACUCCUACUCUUCCUCCUAUUGAUUGUUUGCAGAUUGGGAAGCCGGCGAGAAACAUAGUUCAGUCUGAUCAUGAUGUGUGUUGAAAAAUGUAGAUGAAUGUAUAUCUUUUCUUAAGCCUUGUACUACCACUGCUUUAUACAAAUUAUAAAGAUGAAUACUACUAAAAUAUUAAUAUUCAUAAUAGUC